CUCCUAAUUAUCCUUUAGAAAGAUGGGGUCAUUAAGUUGUUAUGAUUGAUAAAUACAUGUAUUUAAUAGGAGGUUAUAUAGAGGAUAAAAACUAUGACGAAAGUACAAAAUCAUAAAUGUAUAGAUUAGAUUGUGAAACUUAUGAAUGGGAGAAAAUUAGCAUAAAUUCUUAAAAUAAUCCAGAACAUAGAGAUUCUCAUAUUAUAUCUUUAAUAGAUGGAAAAAUAUAUAUGUUUGGGGGAAAAACAGCAAAUUAAAAAUUAAAAAAUGAUCUUUGGUGUUUUGACCCUUAAAAAAACGAAUGGAGAUAAAUAGAAGCUUCAGGAAACAAUCCAUAUCCUAGAGAAGGACAUUAAGGAUGUACUUUAGAUGAUAGAUAUUUAAUUAUUUUUGGAGGUUUGAAUAGUUAAGACGAAGAUAAUAUGCUUAUUUAUAAUGAUAUGCAUAUGUUUGAUAGUAUUUAAAAUACUUGGAAAUAGGUAACUAAUAAGCAUGGAGCUAUUAUUGAAGCUAGAGAAAGCUUUAGUUUUGUUAAUGUUAAUGGAUUAUUAUAUAUUUUUGGUGGGUAAGGAAAAAAUGUUGGAGAAAUUGAUAUUUUUUUUAAUGAUUUAUAUAAGAUUAAAUUUAAUGUUUUUAAUGAUGGUAAAAACGAAUCUGUUGAUAUUAUGUAAAUUUGUAUUAAUUAAGAUGAGAGAAAACCUAUUGCUAGAGCUUCUCAUUCAACUACUGUUUAUAAAGAUAGAUAUAUUUUUAUUAUUGGAGGAGAAGGAGAAAGAUAUAGUGCGGAAACUGAAUCUAAAUUUUUGCAAGAUAUUUGGGCUUUUGAUACCUUAAAUAACUUUUGGAUUGAAGUUGCAUCAAAAAAGCAUAGAUAUGCUUAAUUUAACCCUAUUAUUUCCCACUCAACUGAAGCUUAUAAAGAUCAAAUUAUUCUUUUUGGAGGUUAAACAGUUAUUAAUAUUGAAAACGAUAAUGAUUAAGUACCUAAUGAAAAUAAUUAAUAAGAAUAGAUAUAAUAAAUUUCUUAAAUAUAAUAAUAGUAAUUAAAAUAAUAAAUUUAAAUUGAUGAAGAAAUACAAAAGGGAAAUUAAAAUGAAUAAUAAUAAUAAAGUAUAAUGUUAAAAAUAAGAUAACCUUAUAUUUCUUUAUCAUUUUUAAAUGCAAUUUCAAACUUAAUAAACUAUCCAUUUGCUGCUUUCGGACUUUUGGUUGAUAAUGCCCUUUAUAGAAAAUCUUAAUAAAUAAAAAUAAAUUUAAUGUAUCUUAAAAAAAGAGAUGUUUACAACAAUAUUUAUAAUAAAUAACAAAUUUAAAAAGAUGAGUUAAUUUAAUAGUAAUACCAGCAAAAAGUUAAUGGUAUUUUACUAAAUUAAUCAAUCGAUAAAAAUGUUAUUGAAAAUUUCGAACUUUUUUUUUAGAUAUAUGAUGAUAGCGAAGGAUUUAAUUAAUAUGAAUUUGUUGAUAUGUUAUAUAAAUUUGAUAUUCAUUAAUAAAUCUAAUAUCCAAAAACUUAAAAAGAACUACAGCAAGCUGAUAUUUAAGAAUAACUAAAAAUUUAGUAUGGAAAUAAUAUCAAAUUUGCUGGUUUAAGACUUGGAUAAAGUGUUUUAUUUAUUUCAAAAAAUAAAUCUAAUAGUAUUUUAAAUGUUGGAUUAAUAAGUUCAAAUAUAAAAAUAAAUCCAAAUUUACAAGAACUGAUAAUAUUUGUAUAUAGCUAUGAUGUAAAAAAGAAGUAAUACUUAACAGAAAACGGAGACUAAAAUAAAAGAACAAUAUUGAAUAAUAUAGCUUUUUUAAUGAAUGAAGAAUAAUUAAUAAAGCAUGAUAGAGGAAAUUAUAUAUAUAUAUUUGAUUUAAAACGUAUUCCUUCAAAAAAUGGAUAUAAUUAUGAAUUUUCUUAUAAUUAAUAAAAAAAUGAUAUUACAUUAAAAAAAAAAACUCAAUUUAAAGAAAAAAAAGAAUAAGUAGAAAGACUUAUUGAUUUUAGCUUAAAAAGUUAUAUUUAACAUCUUUUUUUUGAACGUCCUGAAAAUCUACAUUUUACUUUAAAUGAUUAAAAUGUUAAUUUUAUUUGUUAUUCUGAUGUAUUAAGAAGAUAAAAAGAUAGAAGAUUUUUGAAAGAAAUUAAUGUUGAGUCAUAUUAGAGAAUCAAAGAUACUGGAAAGGCAAUCCUUUAUGAAUAAGCUAAUUAUAAUUAAGAUUCUACUAUUGAAAACUAAUCUUAAAAUGAUUUACUUGAUAUCAAAGGUAUUACUAUUUUUUUUUUUUUUUUUUUUUUUUGA